AUGGACCUUACGAACAAUGUCGAGACAGGAGAUAUAGAAAACCACCUGGAGCCGCUGUCCAUGCCGAUCCCACAAGACACGCCGUGCAAGAGGGAGCAGGAGAAGCUGUCCGGGGUGGUGAAGAACGUCCACAGAAAACUGCGGAGGAAAUACAAGGAAGUGGGGGACUUUGAGAAGAUUUGGCGGGAGCACUGCGAGGAUGAGCGCACCCUCAGCGAGUACGCACUGGCCAUGAAGAACCUGGCGGACCACCACUGGGCCAACAAGUGCGAGGGCGAAGGACGCAUCGAGUGGUGUCGCAGGGUUUGCCAGGAGUAUUUCCUGGACGGUGGGAUGAAGAGAAUGCUUGAGAAGGAUGAAAAGAACGCCCGACUGGCUGCGGUGCAGGCCGCAGUGUCUCUCAGUGCCCAGCCUAGCGCCCCUUUACCCAGUUCUGUGCCUCACAGGGGGAAGAUGCGCCUGCUGGACGUGGGAAGCUGCUUCAACCCCUUCCUGGAGUUUGACGAGUUCCUGACGGUCGGUAUAGACAUCGUGCCUGCAGUCGAGAGUGUGUACAAGUGCGACUUCCUCAACCUGCAGCUCCAGCAGCCCCUGGAGCUGGCGGGCGACGCGGUGGAGGCCUUCCUCCGCCUGCUCCGCAGCCCCAUCGACGCCCUGCCGGCGCAGCUGUUCCACGUGGUGGUCUUCUCCCUGCUCCUCUCCUACUUCCCCUCGCCCUACCAGCGCUGGAUCUGCUGCAAGAAGGCCCACGAGCUGCUGGCGCUGCACGGCCUGCUGCUGAUCAUCACGCCCGACUCCUCCCACCAGAACCGCCACGCCCUCAUGAUGCGCAGCUGGCGCGUGGCGGUGGAGUCGCUGGGCUUCCGGCGCUGCAAGUACGUCAAGUUCGCCCACAUGCACCUGCUGGCGUUCCGCAAGGUGUCGCUGGCCACCAGCAGCGACCUGGUGUCGCAGAACUACCCGGAGAUGCUCUACAUCCCGCAGGACUUCAACGCCGCCGACGAGGACGACGGCGGCGGGGAGGCGGAGCCUCCGCCGCCGCCGCCCCGCUCGGAGCUGGAGGACGACCAGCUGGCGUGGGGCUUCGCCGAGCUGCCCGACGCGCCCUGCGACUCGGACUCCUCGGGGGACAGCCAGAGCGGCUCGGUGCCGGGCUUCCACGAGCUGGAAGACCCCAUCCUGCUGCAGAGCUAGGCUGGGUUGAGGUGACCACGACCACCUCCUCCUCCUCCACCACAAGGUGUUGUCGGCGUCGGCGUCGGCGUCGGCGUCGGCGUCCCCCCCCCCCCCCCCCCCCCUUGUCUCUGAAGCGUGUCUUCUACUGCUGCGCUGCCAAAUGAAAACUGCUGCAUUUUAUCUUCUCCCAUGUCACCCUCCCCCCUGAAACAAUGCAGUUUGCACAGAACGAAAGAAAGAAGUUUACAGAUUAUUUUGUCAUAUCAAGACAUGAACACAAACACACGCACGUAUGCAAACACGCACACACACACAUAUACAUUACAUAUGAUGAGAUUGAUAUAUUUUAAUAAAUAGCUAGGUUUUUUAAGAGCGUCGAGAUAUUGAACUGCCCCACUCCCAUUGUAGUUGCCAUUUCUAGUCCUAUUGCACAUGCGCUUGUUUUAGAAAAAAAAAAAAAAAGUUUAACAAGCUUAUAGGGCAGACUUCACUAGUGCAAGAGUCCAACAAAAAAAGCUUUCAGUGUGAGAUUGUAAUGGAGGCUAUAGAUGAGUGACUGAUGAUAGAAUCUUUAUCACAGUGUCAUUCCUGCACCUAGAUUUUCUUGAAAUUCAAAAAAUGUCUUGUGUGCAUCGAAAAAACAAAAACAAAAACAAAAGUGCUUUGCUAAAAGUAUGAGAAUCUCAAAGACCCGACGCAUUGCGCGUUGUGCAGUAUAAAAUGGAACACCGUUUUAUUUAAUGUGGCAUUCAUUUUAUGUCUGAAUUUGUAUGUUUUACAAUAAAGCUGUGUUUGUAGCAUUUUUAAAAGUUUCAGAACCAUGCGCUAGGAUUGUGUUCUAGAUGUACUAUUGUGAAACUGCAAAUGUAUUUUACUCUGUGGCGAAGGUACGAGAAUCUCAACUAACCUUCCACCUUCUUGCUGUUAUUAGAAAUGGUAACAAUAUAAAAUAGUUUCCUAGUAGAAUUUAAUAACUUUUGUGUAGUCAAGUAAAAGAAGCACAUUACUUCAAAUCAGUAUCUAUAGAUGUAAACGGUAUAUUCUUAGAAACUAUUUCAUAACCUAAUGUGGAAAUUCUUGCUCAUGCCUUAGGUUAUAACCUUUUGAUCAGAACUUUGUAAAUUCAAAGUACUUCAUAGUAGUGGUGGGAUAUGUGCCAAUUAGCUUGUUUUGUAAUAUUUCUUCGUCAUAAACAAGCCUUAGAGGCAAAUUUAUGUUAGCAAUAGCCAACAAAAUCUAAUCUUUGAUAGAAAAAAAACACUAGCUUGAAAUGUCGUGUGAAGGCCUGUACUGUGUUCCCUUUAACAGGCAACGAGUGGCUGAAGUUGUGUGUGUUAAAUAAGAGUGAUUGUUGAAUUUUGAAUACAUGCUGUCACAGCUUGCUGAUAGCGCUUUACUUUUAAUAUCUACAAGGGUACUUUGAGGCCGAUUCAUCUCCGUGUCCUAAUCAUGACCGUGUUCAUUAUAGAAUAUCCAAUCUUCUGAGGUGCCUUCUCCAUGUUUGUGUUGGGAGACUAUUCACACCCCCUUGAAAAGUAUUUAUGAAUAUAUGAACACCCUUUGUGAAAUUCUACGUUGUCCAAAGUUGAUUGUUAAAAUAUAUUGUUGGUUUACAGGAUAGGUUUUCCGCAUUUCAUAACUACUACUGCAUUCCCUCUGGUCUUUCGCCAGCAAAUACGAAUUUCUCUGCUGAUAUCACCUGUAUUUUCACUGUACUGACGAGAAAAAAAGUGAUCUUAUUUUGUGAUAAGUGGUUGCAUUUGUCUUCCAGUGUUGACAUUGGUCCGCUUGCAUUACAACAAUGCUUUACAAAGUAUUUUGACAUUGCAGAACAAGGUGUGGUUAUGGUUCCAUUUUUAUAAAGUAUUGUACAUGUCA